UUGCCUACCCUAUCCAGUAUUCAUCCGGAAAGUCCUCAGAAUCCCAGCUAUUGUUUUGAGAGAAUGUUUAUUAAUGGAUAGUUCUAAAUCUGUUAGCUUUUUUUACUAUUGGCUCUUCCUUCUUGAAAUUUUAAUGUGUGAAAAUCACACGCAUCUUCUAUCCGGUGUCUUUGACUAAGUGUGACCAGUAGGCAGUUCUUAUCUCUGCCAGACAAAGCAAUGAGCAAUCAACAUGUGAUGCCAGCUUCAUAGCAAUCUAUUCAGUCAUCUUGAAGCAGAACGGAAAAUUUUGAAGGAUGUUGAGACCAAUUAAGAAGCAAGCCCUUAGAAACGAGCAAGCAGAUGAAGCAGCCUACUUAGCCCACCUGGCAGCACAGAGGAAUGCUAGUGCCUUCUUUGAGAAGUACGAGCGAAGUGAGCUUCAGGAACUACUUACCACUUCAUUCUGCAGUUGGUUGGCAUCCAAAGACGACAUGCGUCAUCCAUUAGAACUUCCCAGUGGACUUCUGAGUCAGAUGAAAAGCAUCAAUACUUCCAUAGCAAUUAUACUUAUGCCAGUGGAGCCAGGCUUAGAUUUGGACUGUCGGGAAAUUCAUCAAAUGAUCAGGGAGUUGGCUGUGGGCAUUUAUUGUCUGAACCAAAUCCCUUCUAUCAGUCUAGAUGCCAAUUAUGAUCAGAGUACUUCCUGUUCACUCCCUCCGGGGUAUUUUGAUACAAGAAUAGGACAAAUAUUAAUCGCGGUUGACUAUAUGUUGAAAGCCCUAUGGCAUGGAGUAUACAUGCCCAAGGAAAAAAGGGUACGGUUCUCUGAACUCUGGCGCUCUAGCAUGGAUAUUGAUCAAGACGGGGUUCCCCAAACAUUAAAAACGCCUGCUGCAGAGUUCUGUCAAGCUGGUCUAAUAGAUAUUACAAAGGAACCAGAGUUCCGAGGAAUCUAUGAUGAAAACAUGAAUGAAGAUCCAACUUACAAUCCUAACAGCGUAGAAGAAAAAAUGUUCUUUAUGCAGUUUGCGGACCAUAUAAUACUUAAGCUGACAUUUGCCACUACAAAGAUUCAACAGUAUGAAGAUGUGUUCCUAUUUGAUGCAGCGUACAACCUCACCAAUGCAAUUAGAAUGACUGAGGACCACCUCGAUGCUUUUUCAUACCAGAGACUACAGCAGAGGCUCACCCUUCAGCUCAAACUUGUGAAAAAGCAUCUAGAAAAAAAAGAAGACAUUCAAAAGAACAUAGCAUACAUGAAGCUGAUAUGCUUUCUUAUCCCAUUUAUCAUUAAUUUAAAGAGAAAAAAUAAAGUUCCAAAUUUAAGCCGGCUUCUUCAGCCCUAUUCAGAUGACAAAGUUAAAACCGAACGUGAAUUACCCCCAUUUAUGCUUGGAACAGAUUUCAAAUGCCAACAUUUUUUGUAUGCCCAGAAUCAGUAUUUCCAUCUCCACGGUGGCAUUGAAUUUGAUGUUGGGACGCCUUCAGUUGAAGAUGUUUCCAAAGAAGUUAAGGCUGCCUAUGAUGAAAUGCACACCUGUGCAAUAAAUCAUCUUACUCAACUGCUGGACCCAGAUGCCCCCUACAGAGAACAUUAUUCUAUACCAGUAAUGGAUUUUGAUGGCAAAAGAUAUUACGUAAUUGGCAUUGAGCUUGAAGCUUUUUAUAUGCUUUUUAAAAGUCAGUGGUGGGGAGCUAUCAAUGAAAUAAUAAGCAUCCUUAAACCAAAAAGGCUUCCAUUAACUGACACGCAAGCAAUGGAUCAAUUCAAGAAAAGAUUUGGCUAUAAGAAAGCUAUUAAAUGUAAGAGCCUGUCUUUUGGCAUGAAAUCUGCUGCUGAUAGAGGACUGGCUGCCAUCUUCCUUACCUUCUGCCGCAGGACCUCCAUCAACAGUCUUGCUAUUACAGAUGACAAUGGUUAUGCAUAUAUCCAUCAUGCCGCUAUUUACAACCGUGUGGCAAUUAUAGCUCAGGUGGUUAAAUUGCAUCUAACUAUUAAUCAAAAGCGUUCUAUUCCAGCGAGCCAAGGAAAACGUUUCCAAAGACCAGAGACAAAAAGUGGAAGACCUGCCUUCAUAGAAAAGGAUGUCAUGAUUGGAGAAAAAAGUUCUUGGGGACCCACAGCUUUGCACCUAGCAGCCCAGUGCAGCUCCCUUGAAGCGCUCCAUUUUCUUCUGGCUUUAAGAGCAGAUUACCAAAUACCCGAUGAUCGAGGAUGGUUGCCUAUCCAUUUUGCUGCCUAUUAUGACAACGUGGCCUGUAUCACAGUCCUCUACCGAAAAAACGCAGAGCUAAUAGAGGCAGAAACUCAAUCUCUAUAUCAUUCCACGCCACUUUUGCUUGCAGCUGUAUCUGGAGCACUAGAUAGUAUGAAGUAUUUGUUUUCUCUUAAAGCCAACUGGCUAAAAAAAGACAGUGAAGGAAAUAACAUAAUACAUUUGGCUGCACUGAACUUCCAUACAGAAGUUUUAAAGCAUUUAAUUGAGCUGAAUAGCCCUGAUCUCCCAGUUUGGAAAACUCUUGUUGGCAUGCUGAAUUGCGAGUCCUAUAGUAGGAAAAAAAUGGCAAUACGGUGUUUAGAAGUACUUUGUCUUGCCAAAGAUGAUUACUGGAAAUGUAUAUUGCAGGCAGGUACCAUACCCUCAUUAAUCAGCUUGUUGAAGAGCAAAGACGUCAAAUUGGAGUGCAUCACUCUGGGAGUGCUGAGUAACAUCUCCACCCACGACUCAAUUGUCAGAGCCUUUGUAGAAGCUGGAGGCAUUCCCGUGUUAAUUAAGCUCUUGACUAUGGAAGAACCUGAAUUGCUGUCUCGUUGUGCAGUGUUUUUAUAUGAUAUUGCCCAGCUGGAUAAUAAUCAAGUCAUCAUCGCUGAACUGGGUGGAAUUCCUGCUCUCAUCGAUCUGUUGGAAUAUGACUUACAAGAUCUGCUUGUGAAUGUAAUGAGCUGUAUCCGAGUAUUAUGCAAAAAUAAUAAAGAGAAUCAGCUGAAAGUGAAGGAAAUGAUAGGCAUUGAACCACUUGUCCAGUUCUUACGUUCAGAUUCAGAUGUCCUGGUGGCAGUGGCCUCAGCCGUAAUUGCAGAAAUUUCUCGUGGGAAUAUGGAAAUGCAGAAUGCUAUCGUGGCGGCCAAUGUUAUUGAUCCUCUAAUUCAGCUUCUCAGAGGAAGGAAAAUCAGUGUCCAGGUUAAAGGAGCAAUGGCAAUUGAGGCCCUCUGUGAAGGGAACACUCUUAUCCAGAUGAAAUUUCUAUCCAGAUCUGUGACCAAGUUCCUCCUGAAGCUCCUAAAGGCCUUUCACUUGAAGGUGAAGGAACAAGGGGCUGUAACCCUCUGGGCCCUAGCUGGACAAACCCUGAAGCAGCAGAAAUUCAUGGCAGAACAGAUUGGGUACAAUUUAAUUAUAGACAUGCUUCUAUCACCGUCUGACAAAAUGCAGUGUGUUGGAGGAGAAGCUGUCAUAGCUCUUAGCAAGGACAGUGAAAUUCACCAGAACCAAAUAUGCGAAGGGAAUGGAAUUGCCCCUUUGGUCCGGCUGUUAAGAAGUGGAAGGAUAGCAGAAGGCACCCUCCUCAGUGUGAUCAAAGCCUUAGGCACAAUGUGUGUCGGUGAAGCUCAUAUAAGCAAUCCACUUAGUCAAGAGAAUGUUGUGGAUGAAGGGGCUUUGCCGAUACUUGUUCAUUUACUUAAAACUCAUCCAUCCCUUCAGAUAAAGGUUGAAGUUGCAUUUUCCUUGGCUUGUAUUGUUUUAAAGAAUAGCAGUCUGCAAACUGUAUUGCAAGAGAAAGAAGGUUUUUGUUAUUUGGAUGUCCUUAAGCUUUUUUAUGCACCAGAUAAGGAUAUCCGUUUACGAGCAGGAUAUGCUAUUGCAAUUUUUGCUUACAAUAAUCCUACACAACAGAUACUGAUUUUAGAGUCUGGACCCAUAUCAAUCCACAUAUUUGAACCUCUUCUGGGCUCAGAUGUAGAGACAGAUAGAGCAAUGGCUGCUUUUCAGAUUGUAAUACUAGCAAAAAUUAUAAUUAAUAUGGAUCAAGUUAGUUUGUCUGCAAGAGGAAUUUCUAUCUUGGUUGACCUACUAUGUUCAGAAAAAUCAACCACUCUAGUGUUAACAGGAAAAUUAAUAGCUAGCUUGGCCCACACAAGGGCAGGCAUUCCAGAAGCAAUCACAAGCUUGGGAACUGUCCAACGUCUUUGCUAUCAUUUAUAUGCAAAGGAAGAGGAGGUUCGUUCGGCUGUGGCAUGUGCUCUUGGCUAUCUAACAUUUAAUCGGACUGCAUAUCGCCAUCUGUUGGUGCAAUGUAGGAAUAAGCCCAAGUUGUUCAAGAGGCUAAUAAUAAAUCUCAGCAAAGAUGCAAAAAUAAAUUCGGAUUUUGUAAAGGAAUUUAAGAGACAAAAAAAAGUUGGUCUCCCCUCUCUCAGCCUGGAGAUAAAUGGAGGGCCACCUGCUGUCCCUGUACACAUACGAGAAAAAUUUCGAGGUACUGGUGUUAAAGUAUACAAAGGAAAGUUUCGUCCGAAGGAUUCUCUCUUUUUAAUUCCCUCAACUUCACAUAUAAUGGGAAGAUUAAAAACUCCGGAGAAACCCCGCAUUCCAGCAUCUGGACACUAUCAAUUUCCACACACAACAACAUCUGACCUCAUUGAGGUUUCAAGACCAAGAAUUGUUAAUGUCGAGGCACUCAAACAUAGUUUGUCCAAAGAGAAAUUUUAAAUGUCUAUAUUGUGAUAGCGGAAAAGAUGUUGUUACCAUACAGUUUCAUGCAAAUAAAAAUAUGAUUGCAUUUGUAAUGGAUUUAUUCCAAAUUGGGAAAACAACCGCAAGAAAUUGAUACAGAAGGGAUAAAAACCGUGGCAAUCAGAUAUGACUUUAUGUGUGAAAAGCAAUUAAUAUGAAGAAUCAGGGCAAAUUAAAGGUAUCUUUAUUUCAAAUAAUAUAGCAUUGCAGCAAAAAAGGGAUACGAAAUGUUAAUACCAUUCAUUCACUGAUAAGCUCUUGAAAACAAGCACCCUGCAUGAGGCAAAUCGCUGUAAAGAUGCCGCUGCAAAUCUUGGAUAACUUCAAAGAUUAUCUGGUGUUUACCUACGAAUUCCAUGUUUUUUUAAACUCGCAUAAUUAUUUGUUUCCUUUACACGCGAGUUAUUUCUGCUACACGUAGUCCUCAACUUAUGACAACUGAGCCCAAAAUUUCUAUUGCUAAGCAAGACAAUUGAGUUUUGCCCCAUUUUACGACCUUCCUUGCCAAGGCUAUUAAGUGAAUUGCAACAAUUGUUAAG